AUGGUUUCACUACCCAAUUCAACUAGAGUCCAUAUUCUUAUCCUUUGGUUGAUCCUGGGACUUUCCGAUUUCUCCAAAGCAUGUUGGGUAAAUAGCACCUGCAGUGGUCCAUUGGAGCCUUCCUUCCCUGGUCCAUGGGAGAAAAAUAUUUUUUCUCCUUCGUCUCGUAUCGUUUCCCCUAAGAGGGCACUCAAUGCAGACAAAGGCUUUCAUGCAAAUUAUCCUAGCCACUCUCAAUUGAAGUCUAAUGGUUCUCUCGCUAUAUAUGACUUUGGACAGUUGGUUGGAGGUUUGGUCUCUAUCAAUUUUACGGCUAUUGGAAAUGGUUCCAUUGGUCUGAGUUUCACUGAGGCCAAGAAUUUUACCGGUUUUGUUUCGGACGAGUCCAAUGGAGGCUCGACUCCAGAUGGUGCGCUCUUAUUUGAAGUGUCGUCGCAGUCCCCGACAAAAGGGAGUUAUUCAACCCCAAUUGAGAAGCUUCGCGGUGGUUUUCGGUACCUGAGUAUAUUUACUCUCACCAAUUCCACAAAGUUCGAAGUGACUAUGGAGUCAGUAGAGGUCAACCUUUCUUUUCAACCUUCAUGGCCUAAUCUCAGAGCAUAUGGGGGUUAUUUUCACUCAAACGACAAUUUACUGAAUCGGAUCUGGUAUGCAAGUGUGUAUACGCUGCAGUCCAAUAACAUCCCACCAACUACAGGGCGUGCUUGGCCUGCACCGGAUAACUCAUGGUCAAACGAUGCGAAUUUAGGACCUGGUUCCUCUGUUUUAGUGGAUGGAGCGAAAAGAGACCGCGCUGUUUGGGCCGGGGAUUUGGGAAUUUCAAUCCCGAGCUCCCUUGUGGGCCUUGGAGAUCUUGAAAGCAGCAAGAACUCUUUGAACAUCCUUUACAUCAACCAGAAUAGCAAUACUGGGGAGCUUCCAGAAGUUGGGCCGCCAAUUUCGUUCUUUGGCUCUGACACGUACCACAUGGCGACGAUGAUUGCGACACAUGACUAUUUCCUUUUCAGCAAUGAUACCGAGUACCUUGAAUCAAUCUGGUCGAGCUAUAUCCACGCAAUGAAUUUCAUAAUUUCGAAGGUGGAUAAUACUGGACUUCUUAAUGUCACAGGAACUUCCGGCUGGGGUCGAUCUGCCAGCGCUGCGGGUUAUAGUACAAUUGGGAACAUGCUCAUGUAUGGAACUCUCAAGACAGGUGCAAGCCUAGCAAUUUGGAUGAAUGACUCAAACCUUGCGAAAGGCUGGGAGCACAUGGCCGCAAAGUUAAAGACUACGAUCAACUCUCCGAGCUACAAUUGGGAUUCAGAUGCUGGAGCAUUCAAGAACAGCAAUUCAGACCAGAGUAUCUUCCCUGCCGACGGGAAUAGUAUGGCCUUAUCCUUUGAUGGUGCAAACGCUUCUCACUUGACAAAGGUUAGCGACCACCUGUCUAACAACUGGGGUCCUAUCGGCGCGAUGGUGCCGGAAAUGCCAGGCACUAUUUCUCCGUAUAUCGAAAGCUACGAGAUCAAAGGUCAUUUGAAAAUUCGACAAACAAAGCGUGCUCUCGAUCUCAUUCGUUUGAGCUGGGGAUGGUACCUAAAUAAUCCAAUGGGAACGGAGUCAUCUACUAUCGAAGGGUAUAAUGAAGACGGGUCCUUUUUAUACACGGCAAAUGAGGGUUAUGAUAAGGCAGGAUCAUACCCCUCCCAUGCACAUGGUUGGAGCACCGGUCCGGUGGAUGCCCUAGUCAAUUAUGUGGUUGGCUUAGAGCCAAAAAGUCCUGGGGGUGCAACAUGGACUUUGGCCCCUCAAGUGGGUGAUCUGAGCUUUGCAGAGGGUGGUUUUACUACUCCGUUAGGCAAGUUUUCUGCAGCCUGGCAAAUCAAAUCCAAUGGUCUGAAUCUCCAGUAUGAUACUCCAUCUAUAACUAGCGGGGUACUAUGUUUGCCGUUGGAUUCGAGCAAAAGAAUUUUCGUGGAUGGGAUCAAACAGAGGGCGAAACCUUCUAAUAUCUCUAGGGAUUUGAUUGAGAUAAGCUUACCAGGGGGGAAGCAUACAAUAUCUCAACUCUGA